AUGCUAGAUUUAUCUUGGUGUCCAAAGCUCGAGAAGAUUCAAUGGCCAGCAAUAGUAGUUAAGGAAUUGAACGUUACAGAGUGCAGAUCUUUGCAGCAAAUAACUUACGAUAGUGAGGGCAGGCCACGAAGAAUUCAACAUGGUGUUUGCAUAAGGCUAUGUUAUGUUCAAUAUGCCUUCAAGACAAAACCUGUAAAAGAAGUUGAUGUAAGAUUGAUUAACAAUGUUGGCUUCUUCAGCUUGGACUCCAUGGCAGAUGUUGAGGUGAUGAUUGAAAAUGGCAUUGUGUGGAGUAGAGAGAAGCGUUCAGUUGAGAUUCUGUGGGACUGUAAAGUAUUUAGCACAUAUUUUCCUGGACGAGAAGUUCCAUGUUGGUUUAAGUAUAAGACUAAUGGGGCCACAAUCACAUUAAGUGUUCCUUCCAAUAACCAAAUACGAGUCUUAAAUGUGUGCGCAGUGUACACAUUUUCCAACAUCGUAAAUUGGUUACAAGAUCCAAUAAAGGUUAAAGUUCAUAACAAGAGUAAGCAUUUUGUUUGGUCCUAUAUACCUAGAUGCUACGGUGUUCCAGAAGCAGAUAGAUAUAUUUUAUGGUUAUGCCAUUUGGGGUUUUGGGUUCCAUUUGAAGAAGGUGAUGAAGUGGAGGUUUCGUUUGAGAUGAAGGUUAAGGGACAACUAAAGGAGUGUGGAGCCCACCUUUCGUACUAUGAAGAGGUAGAAGAAAUAAAGCAAUACUUUAAUACUCUAUUGUGUUGUUGGGAUUCGAAUUACCCGCUCUGA